AUCUCCAAGGUGAAAUUGAAGCUCACACGGACAUCUAUCACAAUCUUGAUGAAAAUGGCCAAAAAAUCUUGAGGUCCCUGGAAAGUUCAGAUGAAGCAGCCCUGUUACAACGACGUUUGGAUAACAUGAAUUUCAAGUGGAGUGAGCUUCGGAAAAAGUCUCUCAACAUCAGGUCUCAUUUGGAAGCAAGUUCUGACCAGUGGAAGCGUCUGCAUCUUUCUCUUCAGGAACUUCUUGUGUGGCUACAGCUGAAAGAUGAUGAAUUGAACCGCCAGGCACCUAUUGGUGGUGAUGUCCCUGCAGUUCAGAAACAGAAUGAUGUACACAGGGCCUUCAAGAGGGAAUUGAAAACUAAAGAACCUGUAAUCAUGAGUACUCUGGAGACUGUGAGAGUAUUUCUGACAGAGCAGCCUUUGGAAGGACUGGAGAAGCUCUACCAGGAGCCCAGAGAGCUGCCUCCUGAAGAAAGAGCCCAGAAUGUCACUCGGCUCCUACGGAAACAGGCUGAGGAGGUCAACACUGAAUGGGACAAGUUGAACCUGCACUCAGCUGAUUGGCAGAGAAAACUAGAUGAGGCUCUUGAAAGACUACAGAAACUUCAGGAAGCUGCAGAUGAACUGGACCUCAAACUUCGCCAAGCUGAGGUGAUCAAGGGAUCCUGGCAACCAGUGGGGGAUCUCCUCAUUGACUCUCUCCAAGAUCACCUUGAAAAAGUCAAGGUACUUCGGGGAGAAACUGCCCCUCUUAAAGAGAAUGUCAAUCAAGUCAAUGACCUUGCUCGCCAGCUUACCACAUUGGGCAUUCAGCUCUCACCUUAUACCCUCAGCACUCUGGAAGAUCUGAAUACCAGAUGGAAGCUUCUGCAGGUGGCUGUGGAGGAUCGUGUCAGACAACUGCAUGAAGCCCACAGGGACUUUGGCCCAGCAUCCCAGCACUUCCUUUCCACUUCAGUCCAGGGUCCCUGGGAGAGAGCCAUCUCACCAAACAAAGUGCCCUACUAUAUCAACCACGAGACUCAAACAACUUGUUGGGACCAUCCCAAAAUGACAGAGCUCUACCAGUCUUUGGCUGACCUGAAUAAUGUCAGGUUCUCUGCUUAUAGAACUGCCAUGAAGCUCCGAAGAUUGCAGAAGGCCCUUUGCUUGGAUCUCUUGAGCCUGUCAGCUGCAUGUGAUGCCUUGGACCAGCACAACCUCAAGCAAAAUGACCAGCCCAUGGAUAUCCUUCAGAUCAUUAACUGUUUGACUACUAUUUAUGAUCGUCUGGAGCAAGAGCACAACAACUUGGUCAACGUCCCUCUCUGUGUGGACAUGUGUCUCAACUGGCUUCUCAAUGUUUAUGAUACGGGACGAACAGGGAGGAUCCGUGUCCUGUCUUUUAAAACUGGCAUCAUUUCUCUGUGUAAAGCACACUUGGAAGACAAGUACAGAUACCUUUUCAAGCAAGUUGCAAGUUCAACUGGCUUUUGUGACCAGCGUAGGCUGGGUCUUCUUCUGCACGACUCUAUUCAAAUCCCAAGACAGUUGGGUGAAGUUGCUUCCUUUGGGGGCAGUAACAUAGAGCCAAGCGUCAGGAGCUGCUUCCAAUUUGCCAAUAAUAAACCUGAGAUCGAAGCAGCCCUCUUCCUUGACUGGAUGCGCCUGGAACCCCAGUCUAUGGUGUGGCUGCCUGUUUUGCACAGAGUGGCUGCUGCAGAAACUGCCAAGCAUCAGGCUAAGUGUAACAUCUGCAAGGAGUGUCCAAUCAUUGGAUUCAGGUACAGAAGUCUAAAGCACUUUAAUUAUGACAUCUGCCAAAGCUGCUUUUUUUCUGGUCGAGUUGCAAAGGGCCAUAAAAUGCACUACCCCAUGGUAGAAUAUUGUACUCCGACUACAUCUGGAGAAGAUGUCCGUGACUUCGCCAAGGUACUAAAAAACAAAUUUCGAACCAAAAGGUAUUUUGCGAAGCAUCCCCGAAUGGGCUACCUGCCAGUGCAGACUGUGUUAGAGGGGGACAACAUGGAAACGCCUGCCUCGUCCCCCCAGCUUUCACACGAUGAUACUCAUUCACGCAUUGAACAUUAUGCUAGCAGGCUAGCAGAAAUGGAAAACAGCAAUGGAUCUUAUCUAAAUGAUAGCAUCUCUCCUAAUGAGAGCAUAGAUGAUGAACAUUUGUUAAUCCAGCAUUACUGCCAAAGUUUGAACCAGGACUCCCCCCUGAGCCAGCCUCGUAGUCCUGCCCAGAUCUUGAUUUCCUUAGAGAGUGAGGAAAGAGGGGAGCUAGAGAGAAUCCUAGCAGAUCUUGAGGAAGAAAACAGGAAUCUGCAAGCAGAAUAUGAUCGUCUGAAGCAGCAGCAUGAGCAUAAAGGCCUGUCCCCACUGCCGUCUCCUCCUGAGAUGAUGCCCACCUCUCCCCAGAGUCCCAGGGAUGCUGAGCUUAUUGCUGAGGCCAAGCUACUGCGUCAACACAAAGGACGCCUGGAAGCCAGGAUGCAAAUCCUGGAGGACCACAACAAGCAGCUUGAGUCUCAGUUACAUAGACUGAGGCAGCUCCUGGAGCAACCCCAGGCUGAGGCCAAGGUGAAUGGCACCACAGUGUCCUCUCCUUCUACCUCUCUCCAGAGGUCAGAUAGUAGUCAGCCUAUGUUGCUCCGAGUGGUUGGCAGUCAAACUUCAGAAUCUAUGGGCGAGGAAGAUCUUCUGAGUCCUCCCCAGGAUACAAGCACAGGAUUAGAAGAAGUGAUGGAGCAACUCAACAACUCCUUCCCUAGUUCAAGAGGACACAAUGUAGGAAGCCUUUUCCACAUGGCAGAUGAUUUGGGCAGAGCGAUGGAGUCCUUAGUUUCAGUCAUGACAGAUGAAGAAGGAGCAGAAUAAAUGUUUUACAACUCCUGAUUCCCGCAUGGUUUUUAUAAUAUUCGUACAACAAAGAGGAUUAGACAGUAAGAGUUUACAAGAAAUAAAAUCUAUAUUUUUGUGAAGGGUAGUGGUACUAUACUGUAGAUUUCAGUAGUUUCUAAGUCUGUUAUUGUUUUGUUAACAAUGGCAGGUUUUACACGUCUAUGCAAUUGUACAAAAAAGUUAAAAGAAAACUACAUGUAAAAUCUUGAUAGCUACAUAACUUGCCAUUUCUUUAUAUGGAACGCAUUUUGGGUUGUUUAAAAAUUUAUAACAGUUAUAAAGAAAGAUUGUAAACUAAAGUGUGCUUUAUAAAAAAAGUUGUUUAUAAACCCCUAUACACACACACACACACACACACACACACACACACACACACACACACACUGAGGCAGCACAUUGUUUUGCAUUAUUUUAGCGUGGUAUUCAUAUGGAAUUCAUGACUUCUUUUCUUUUCUUGCAUAUUAAAGAUAGGACUUCCUCUAACAGCACCAAAUGACUGCUUCACAUUGCUCUUUUGAGAAUUGUUGACUGAGUGGGGCUGGCUAUGGGCUUUCAUUUUAUACAUCUAUAUGUCUACAAGUAUAUAAGUACUAUAGGUGUAUAGAUAAAUAGAUAUGAAAUUUCUUCUUCAAAUGUUCUUGCCACUUCCUAAUGGAAAUAAAUUGCUUCUAGUUGUCCAGGCUUAUCUGCUUGGGCAAGAGUGAAUUCUCCCUGGAGCCUGAAGUCAGGAGACUACUAUCAUGCUAAAAUAUUGUCUAGGGCUCCAGAUGUUUCUAGUUUUAAUCUUUCCACUGACAACUAGAGCUUUGAAUUUUUUUAAGGAACAUGUGAAUGAAUACACAGGACUUACUAUAUCAGAGUAAUCUGUUGGUUGAUAUAUUCAGCUUCCUGCUGCUGGCUAUGCCAUGAUUUAGAUUCAAUGAUGUUUCUGCAAAAGAGCAUCAGAAGGCAUUCUUCACUCCUGGACAAUAGGAGGAAGAUGGUGGAGGCUGAGGAUUGUGACUCCCCAGUCAAUCUCUGUGAGGGGAGCAGCUACUCUGUAAAAGAGUGGAUGAAUAUUCACAACUAUACAUACAAACAUCUCUGUUCUCUAUAAUCACAACUGAAUUGUUCUGCCCACUUCUUACACUCAAACUGAAGUGGGUAGUUUUGUUGUUGUUGUUGUUGUUGUUGCUGUUGUUGUUGUUGAUGAUGAUGAUGAUGAUUUUUAGAUUUUAGAUUUUGUUUUUCCAUUGUGAUGAGUUUUUUUUAAUGCUGCAAGACUUAAGAUUAUUGGUAAGAAAGUAACCCAAUCACAUUGUGACCCUGGUGAAUAUCAAUCCAGAGACCCAUGAACUGCAUUUGUUUCCUUUGCAUUGGUUUCCCUGCAAGUAAUUCCAUACAGAAUUGUGAGUUCAGGAAGGUACAAUUUGAAAGUUUCAAGAGCAAAAGCCUCUCCAAACCGUCUGGUAAAUUUGACAGGCUAAAUCAUAAACAAAUGCAGGUCAUUGAAAAAGAGGAGAAAAGGUGAAGAUGAAAGCUAAGGACUGGUAGGAAAAGCUUUACUUACUCUUUCAUGUCAUUGUAUUAUGAUAUCAUUUAAAAAUCAUUCUUUCAAUAGAAAUCACUGUCCCAUUAUUUUGCAAAUUUGUUACCUCUAACAUCCAGUGUAAUUAACUUUUAGAGAGUUUUUUUGUCCAUUAUUAAUUGUAAUUAACAUCAAACACAGCUUCUCAUGCUAUUUCUACCUCACUUUGGUUUUGGGGUGUUCCUGGUAAUUGUGCACACCUAAUUUCACAGCUUCAACACUUAUCUGUUGUGUGGACACCAUUAUCCUUUUUUCUUUUUCAUUUCCAAAAGAAAACCCAAAGCUCUAAGGUAACACAUUGAGAUUUGGUCUUGCAUUAUUUUUCUCUUUUAUGUGACGCUGGACAUUUUCUUUACCCAAGGGUUUGUUUUAACCAAGAUUUAAAGCAAGGGGUUACUUUACAUCCUACUAAGAAGUUUUAAGUUUCAUUCUAAAAUCAGAGGUAGAUAGAGUGCAUAAUUUUGUUUUAAUCUUUUUAUUCUAUCUUUUAGAUAUUAGUUCUGGAGUGAAUCUGUCAAAAUAUUUGAAUAAAAGCUGAGAGCUUUAUUGCAGAGUUUAAGCAUAAUUUGGACAUCAUUUCGUGUUCUUUAUAACCACCAAGUAUUAAACUGUAAAAUCAUAAUCAAUGUAACUGAAGCAUAAACAUCACAUGGCAUGUAUCA